AUCAUGUUCGACUUUAUCGAACAUCCUUUUUCAUUCUGAACCCCUCCGAGACUUCAGCGUUUCGAGAUCUACCAUGACGUGUCCUUAUGCGCAGUUUCCCUCCUCGCUCGACAGACAUACUUUAGGAUUGGGAAGACGAAUGUAAGGAAGGCCACUAUAGGCAAAGAAAGGCACCGCAAGGGUACAGGAAGUCCUACGAGCAAUAGAAGCAAUCAUCUUACCCCGACUCGCUGUAUCGGCACCCCUCGGACCCGGCUAGAGCGACGCGGCGUCAAAGGAUGGCUUCCUCGAUCCUCCCGGUCUCAUACUACGCCUGUGAAUGGAUUCGCGCGUCCGACGCUCACGCUCGUGUCCCUGUCUGCGGGCGAGCUAUAGUGGUGUCCUUACUUACGUGUUAUCUAUAGCCUGCCAUAGCUGGUUGAGUGGCGUGUUCUGGAGGCACAUGAGCGAGAUGCAUCACCCUGCUCUAUUGCCCUGCUGGUCCUGUACUGUCAGAAGGGCACGUCACAGCGCGUUCAACGCCUACGAUUGCGUGUGUGUGUGCUUGUGUCCACGGCCGCGCCGCAUGGGAGCGCACCCUUCUCCCCAUCGGCCGCGUCCAUCGCACCAGGGCCCUCCCCCCUUCGUUCAUCGUCAAGCGUGCUGCAGAAUGCGAGCC